AUUGAAGGCAUUAUGUCUAAGUUUUUAUUUAUUAUAGUUGUCCUAUUGUCAACAUAUGAAAAAUCAAUAGGUCAUCCUUUAGGGAUUGUAGGAGGAAAUCCUGUAAAUAUUGAAGAUUAUCCUUACCAAGUUUCAAUGUUAUUUAGAGGUAGACAUGCCUGUGGUGGAUCUAUUUUAAAUGAAAACUUUAUUUUAACAGCAGCCCACUGCACAUUUGAUGGUUCUAUUCGUGACAUUACAAUAAGAGUGGGCUCCUCAAUAAUUAACAGCGGCGGUAAGAUUUACAAUGUUGCCAAGAUAAACUACCACGAAAAAUUUAAUAUUGACACCUACGAUUUUGAUGUAUCCGUCCUAAAACUUACCGAGCCUAUCGCAUUUGAAGAAGGUGUCCAACCUAUCUCACUUAUCGCCAAAGAUACUGAGAUCCAAGACGGCCAAUCUGCCGUUGCCACAGGAUGGGGCAGAAUUUCGACCACAGGACCUUUAGCCAGUCAGCUUCAACAGGUCGAUGUGCCAACUAUAAGCACUGAGACUUGUCAAGGAUAUUACGGUAAAGGGAUUGGUGGAGUUACUAAAAGGAUGUUUUGUGCUGGAGAUGACGGUAAAGAUACAUGCAUGGGCGAUUCUGGAGGACCUUUAGUGAUCGAUGGAGUUCUGGCAGGAAUUACUUCUUGGGGAGAUAUCUGUGGACAAGUCAGUACUCCUGGAGUCUAUACAAAAAUCUCUAUAUUCAGAAACUAUAUUGACGAAAUUAUGAAUACAUAAGGUUAUUGAUAAAUAAAAUUAUCUAUAAAAACAAAUGAAAGCAAAACACUUUAAAAUAAAUGUUUAUAUCUAUAAUAAGUGCAAUUUGUAGAUUAAUAUUUUUUGAAAUAAAAAGACUUUUAAUUAACAUUUCCCAAAGUACAAAGAAAUACUAAUCAGUAAAUUGAAUUAAAGAGCUUGAAUUGUUCUUUGGAUUAACAAUGAUUACAUUUAAAGAAAAAUAUAAA